UUGUCUUCAGCUGCCAUACGCUUAACAUUGUGAUUGUGUCUGUUUAUAUUUAUUUACAUUGUAUUAAUUAACCAUAUCAUAUCAAACAACAACAACAACCUGAUUCAUCAAUAAAUACCGAUAAUAUUAAAUAUCAUUACAUAAUUAAUUCAAGAUGUUAUUUAAAAUUUGUUUAUUCAUCAUGAUUUUACAUAUCUUGAGUCAUCAAGUAUCAUCAAGACCCACUGAAGAGUCAACAAAAUUAACACUCAAUACUCCCAAAGAAAUUUUGGACAGUAACAACAUUAAACCGGUUUCAGAUAAACCAACUAAAUGGGAACGUGCAAUGGAUCGUUUAGGCCAAGUUGUGGAUGCACUAAGAAUCGGCAGAGGCAGAUUAGUCAAUUUUGCAAUGAUGGCUAGAAACGUCAUUACUGAGCGUGCGGAGGAAAUAGCAAGUGAUGCAUCAAAUAAAGUCAUUGCAGUGAUAGCAGCGAGAGAGGCAAGGGAGUAUGCAAGAAAUGCAUCAAAAACAAAAAAACGUAGCCCAGAAUUAUCAACGACAAUAUCAACACCAGUUCACACUGGUCCAUUGGAUGAUUUUUUACCACCAAAAACACGUGAAACAGUACGUUUAGAAAAUGAAAAUGGACAAUCAUUAUUGGAAGUUAGAAAAAAUAAACCAAUUGAAGGAAUAUUUGAAAAUUUUUUAAAGCCAAAACCACUUGUUGAUCGUAUAUCUGAUGAUGAAAAAUAUGGUAAUUCUGGUGAUAAAUUUAUUGGAGUUGGGAGAGCACUUGUUAAUGGUUUUGAAGGUCUCAGUAAUAUUAUAAAUAAAAUUAUUGAUCUUCCAGCUAGAGCUGUCAAAAAUUCAUCACGUAAUUUAACAUCAGCAUUGAAUCAAGUUGGUGGUAAGCUCAUAGGAUUAGAAUAAAAAUAUUUUAUU